AUGUCUCCAUCCUCGAUUCUCAUAGGUGCUAUUUUGGCUGCAACUGGUCCCUUUCUCGCCAGUGGCCAAGCGCUAGAUAAGCCUGCCCUCACUUCCAACCUUGACUACUUGGAACAGGGAAGUCUGGACAACCUUGCUCCCACGCAAAGCACAUGGGAUCAAUGGGGAGCCGGUUGGAUUCCUCUAGAUUGCAAGAACAUUGCCAACAACGAAGGAAAGAGUCCUGAUGACUUUGAGAUCUACAAUGUUCACUACACAGAUUGCGGUGAUGCAUGGGUAUUCUGCCGUCACAAGGAUACACCACUUGACCUAGUCUCGACAAUCGAUAUCUUCGGACGACUUCCUGUCGCUAUGCGUAGCUGGGUUAGACAUGUCAUAACCAUCCCGGCCAGUUCAAACUACGCUUACAACUCCAAUGGCAAUAUUGCCUUUUUCGGAACGACCAGCGGAAAUAUGGAUGUCGCGAUUCACGAGACCGGACACAGUCUCGACUUGCUCGGUGCUUAUGGAGAGCAAUUGUCCGCCAGCCAAGACUGGCUUGAUAACUACAACCAGGACCCCAAUGUCCCUGACGAUUAUGCUCAGACUAACCAGAUCGAGAACGUCGCGCAAAACACUGUAGUGGGUGUCUAUGACAAGGUCGUCCCCGGCGGCUUCGGCUCCGUCCAGCCCAACUGGAACGACAUCUUCCACCAGUACGCAACAUUGCAGUGGAAAGCCGGAGAUCAGAUUCUUCCUGGAGGAACCUGCGAUCGCCAUCUUAUCAAUUCUGAGACUGUCUCUACAAGCAGUGCUGCUGCUGCCGCCAUUGUCAAUGGCCCUAAGAAGCCGGAUACGUCGUUCAAGGAAAAAAAUCGGUACCGCAAGUACAAUAGUAGCCUUGAACAGGUGCUACAGAACUAUCCCGAAAAGAGCUGUCGGCGACUUGUAAUGUUUGCAGAGAGAUCAGUGUCUGAUGGCUCACCACAUUCUGCCGAGCUUGAUUCAUUUUUCCCACCAAGCUUCUGGCGUAUCGUGGAGGAAGAUCUGAAUGGUGCAUUUGGGCUGGAGCGCUACGAGGAGGAAUCUGACUUUACAUACGACACAUGGAGCACAUUCAAGAUGAAACAUGUCUAUCAGGGCAAUGGGAUCGCGGGAAUCAAAUAUCAUUGGUCACAGGUCUCAGUCUUUACUCGCCAAUCGAAGAAUAAACAAUUUGUCCUGUUUGUUGACUGUCCGAAAGCUGUUGUGGAUCAAAUUGUACGAAAUUGUCUAUCUGGCCCUUCUCGUCCUGUUGGUCUCGCCGGGCAUGUGGUAUCGGCUUGUCGCGAUCCAUUUAUUUGGCAUGCGUUAUUGAUUGGAGGGUUAGAGUCUGAAUAUGAGAGUGACUAUUGGAGACUGCGUGAUAUUGUACGCAAAUGGGAAAGAGAAAGACAUGAGGAACCCGACUUUCCACUGCUUCACGACCUUGGUAGGCACUUGAUUCAUGCCAAAGAGAUAUUUGAAGUAGCCACAAACACAAUCGACAGUAUAGUAUAUCAUCACCAGAGUCUCUAUAGCGAAUUCGAGACGAUGGGAUUGAUAACAACCGAAGAGCAAAAACCUCGACAGAAGUUAUUUAGGAUUAUUCAAGAGAAGCUGUAUAUUUCGGACAAGGACAUGGCAGCCAAAAAGGCCAGAGCCACCAGCUUGAAUGAGCGACUCCACAAUGAAAUCAACCUAGUGAGUAUUUCCUUCCACCUAGUCAUGAAAUCUUUUGAAGUAUUCAACUGCUUUGCUAAUGAUGAAAUUAUUGCCCUAAAGGCCUACCAUGUCGUCACCCAAAAGAGUAAUCAACUAUCGAUCAACCUUGCCUCAAUUGCACGACGCGACAACGCCACGAUGAAGGCUCUCGCGUUGAUUGGCGUGCUAUACCUACCCGGUACAUUUAUAUCUGGAAUCUUCGGGAUGACCUUCUUCAACUACAACCCGCCAAACAACAGUAGCUCUGCAGACUGGAUGAUGUCAGAUAAGUUCUGGAUCUACUGGGCUAUUACAAUUCCUGUCACCAUCUUCACGGUGCUACUGUGGGCCAUGUUGGAUGAAACGGUCGAGAUGUACAAGAAAUCCAUGGAAAAAGUGAAGGUUACAUUGCAGGAUCUGUGGAAUGAACUUCCACGAUUCAAUAGGCGAGAAGAAAAAGAAGAGACCAUCAUUAACGACCAGUCUUUGAGGUCUAAAGUAUAA